GACAUAUGUAAUCGCGUCCAGAGUCCAGACACUUCACUACGAAGAAAAAUAAUCAGCGAAACUCUGAACUUUCUGAAGAUAAGAAAGCUACGACACUCUCUGAACACACACACACGGCCAUCAAGCAGCCACACGAACGCCCCCCCCCCCCCCCCCCAAAAAAAAAAAAAAAACUAAUUAAGCUGCAAGAUAUCCAUUCUUGGUUAUGAACAUGAUCGCAUUUGCGGCGCAAAUCUUGGCGUUCUGCCUCCUCCUGCUGCUGCUGUUGCUGCUCCAGUUGCAGACAACCAUGGCGGGUGAUUCUUCUUUCAGCGGCGUGUUCGACCAUGGGAGCCAUGGCGUCACCCUUGUCAAGGUCGACGAGGCGCCCAGGAAGUGCUCGUCGGCGGCGGCGGCGAAGAAGACGGAUGAUGAUACUGCUCCGGCCGGUGGAGCGCCGCCGAAGCCGCUGCUGGUGGCGGCGCCGUGCGACGCCGGGGUGUACCCGGUGGUGGUGUUCUUGCAUGGAUACCUCGCCUAUAAUUCCUUCUACUCGCAGCUGUUCGAGCAUGUCGCCUCCCAUGGCUUCGUCGUCGUUGGCCCCCAGCUAUAUACGAUGUCUGGACCGGAUACCACCGACGAGAUCAACUCGGCGGCGGCCGUCAUCAACUGGCUCGCCGCCGGCGGCCUCACCUCGAAGCUGCCACCCAACGUCCGCGCCGACGCGACCAAGAUCUCCAUCUCCGGCCACAGCCGCGGCGGCAAGGUGGCGUUCGCGCUGGCGCUGGGCCACGCCAACGUCUCCCUCCGGGGCGGCGCCGGCGGCGCCACCAUCGCCGCCCUCGUCGCCGUCGACCCCGUGGACGGCUUCGCCGCCGGGAAGCAGACGCCGCCGCCGAUCCUCACCUACGGCGGCGCCAACUCCCUGCGCGUGCCGGCGCCGGUGAUGGUCAUCGGCACGGGCCUCGGCGGCCUCGCCCGGGCGGCGCCGCUGCUCCCGGCGUGCGCGCCGCCCGGGGUGAGCCACGGCGAGUUCUACGGCGAGUGCGCGGCGCCGGCGUGCCACCUGGUGGCGAGGGACUACGGCCACACCGACAUGAUGGACGACGUGACGCCCGGGGCCAGGGGCCUCGCGACGCGCGCCGUGUGCAGGAGCGGCGGCGCCAGGGCGCCCAUGCGGCGGUUCUUCGGCGGCGCCAUGGUCGCGUUCGUGAAGAGGUGGGUGGAAGGGGAGCCGGAGCUCCUGGACUGCGUCAGGGCGCGGCCGGAGACGGCGCCGGUGGUGCUGUCCGCCGUGGAGUUCCGCGACGAGGCGAUAGCUAACCACUCUUAUUAAAAUUGGAAAAGGUCUUCGUUUGAACUUAGGGAUAUUUUAGAAACUUUGAGCAGGUUUUACUAAAAUCACUACUAGAAAGAGUAAAUUUCACAGACUAUAUGUACGAUGGUUUAAGUUACACAAAAUUAUAUAGUACUCCCUCAUUGCCUAAAUGUUUCACGCCGUUGACUUUUUUAACCAUAUUUGACCGUUCGUCUUAUUCAAAAUCUUUUGUGAAAUGUGUAAAACUAUAUGUAUACAUAAAAGUAUAUUUAGCAAUAAAUCAAAUGAUACUUAAAAUUUUUAAUAAGACGAACGGUCAAACAUUUUUUAAAAAGUCAACGGCGUCAAACAUUUUGAGAUGGAUGGAGUAUUAAAGUAGUUUCGAGUAUUAUCUUUAUACAGCUUCAUACAACUACAUUAUCACCUAUUUUUUCUUCGAUCUAUCAUAUGUGUGGGUUAUAAA